UAUCCAAUUGGUCAUUAAAAAUACGUUAAGUAAAAUAAAACUUUAAAUCAUAUCAUAAUAAUAUACACCAAAUUUGUGACAUCACAGUAUUGUGCAUAAAAUAAAUAAAAUUUAGUAUUGUGCUUAAAAUAAAUAAAAUUUAUAUAAAAACAGUUUGAAUGAAACAAAUUCUACAAGGACAUUAAACUGCCGCUAAUUAAAAGUCAAAUUUAAAUUUAUCAACAAAUUCGAAGUCAUUUGCGUUAGCAACUAUACAGCAACAUGUCUCUCCUAACUAGUAAUAGUCACUCGGUUUCUGAGGAAGAAAUUGACGAAUACUCUGAUGGUACAGUGAAAUUACGUAAUUCAAAUAUUGAACUUAUGGAUCAGGAUAUACUUUAUCAUUUAGCAUUAGGCAGUGAAAGUCAUGAUUUACAGGAAAUGUUCGGUGAUGUUAAGUUUGUUUGCAUGGGCGGAACACCAAAGCGCAUGGAAAACUUUGCACAUUUCAUAAUGAAUGAAAUUGGUUAUAAAUUACCUGCAGGGCAUCAACUGCAGGAUAUAAGCGCCUAUUCAUAUCGAUACUCAAUGUACAAAGUAGGUCCAGUGCUUUGCGUUAGUCACGGCAUGGGAACGCCCUCAGUAAGCAUAUUAAUGCAUGAAAUGAUUAAACUUAUGUACCAUUCCAAAUGCCAUGAUCCAGUAUUUAUACGUAUUGGCACUUGCGGUGGUAUUGGAGUUGAGGGUGGCACUGUUAUCAUCACCGAAGAUGCAUUAGAUGGUCAACUUAGAAAUUCACACGAAUUCACAAUAUUAGGUAAGACCGUUCAUCGUCCUGCCAAAUUAGAUAAGAAAUUAGCGCGUGAACUUAAGUCAUUAGCUAGUACUGAUGAUCCCUAUGAUACCAUCAUUGGCAAAACAUUGUGCACAAAUGAUUUCUAUGAAGGUCAGGGACGUUUGGAUGGUGCUUUUUGUGAAUUUAGUGAAAAUGAUAAAAUGGAGUAUUUGGAAAAAUUGCGUGAAAAUGGAGUUGUAAAUAUUGAAAUGGAGAGCACAAUUUUUGCAGCAUUGACAUAUCAUGCAGGGAUCAAAGCAGCAGUUGUCUGCGUUGCACUUUUAAAUCGCCUAAAUGGUGAUCAGGUUAAUUCACCCAAAGAAGUCAUGAAUGAAUGGCAGGAACGCCCACAGAUACUUGUCUCGCGUUAUAUACGCAAAGUACUUGCCCAGAAAGGUCAAUUAAAAGCAUUAUUUGGUCAUCAAGGAUCUAUCAAAUCCCCACGACGUUUCAAAUUAGUACAGCAAGAAUCUCAGGCUCAUGAAUAAGUUAACUGUUAUAAUAGUAUAAUGUAUUUAAAAAUGUUAUAAAUAAUUAUAAUAUAAAUUGAUGUUAUCUUAUUUUGUAUUGUGUAUUAUAUAAGUAUAUGCAUAAAUAUCAGAUACUUUUGUAUAUGUGUGGAGAAAGAUUUGUUGAGAUCCACACUAGUAAAAUUGUCCAAUAUAUCAAAUAUGCACAUAUGAUCUUACAAAUCACUUAAGGAUGAAUGCAUUCCAUAUCCAGGUAUGAAUGACAUAAGUAUCAAUUGUAUCUGAACAAUAUAGAACAUAACUGCAUUUUUGUAAUUAAAAUUAUGCCAAAAAUAGUAAAUCGAGAAUAAUACAUAAAUUUUUAUGCGCACGCGCUACUUUAUUGGGUCAACACGAAUUACUAACAACAAAAAUAUUUAAUGAAAAUAAAAA